AAGAGGUUGUGUAACAUUUUUUUCAUUCGUUUUCUCAGAUCCAAAAUGCCAGCCCCUGCCGUAGGAAUCGACCUCGGAACCACCUACUCUUGUGUUGGGGUUUUCCAACAUGGUAAGGUUGAAAUUAUCGCUAAUGAUCAAGGAAAUCGAACUACCCCAAGUUAUGUCGCUUUCACCGACUCUGAAAGACUCAUUGGCGAUGCAGCGAAGAAUCAGGUCGCUCUCAAUCCGUCAAAUACGGUUUUUGGUGAGUUGCUUUGCAAAUUAAUUUUGAGAGAACUUUAAUAAAAUUUCUUUCUUUUACCUUUUUGCUGUGAAACAGAAUUAAAACGCGUUCAAAGAGAUGUUUUGUGCUCUCAAGCCCAAGCGCUUCGAUUUGCUGAGGAAACGAACUUAUUUAUUUCAGAUGCGAAGCGUUUAAUCGGAAGAAAAUUUGAGGAGGGCUCUGUCCAAAGCGAUAUGAAACACUGGCCGUUUAAGGUGAGUUAAAUCUUGCAAGAGGUUGAACGACGAGGUGAAAGCAAAGAGCGCUCGCAUGCGGGCUGGUGGCGUAAGGGUGCAGUUGUGUCCUGAGCUACGCCACGAUUUUUUGGUAUUUCCUUUUAAUGCUUGAUACUCUUUGUAAUCAAAGAAAACCGUUCAAAAGUGGUUUAGUUUUAUUAAAAAUUUAUCUACUGCGACAGGUAAACUAUAAAUUUACGUGUUUGGAUGUCGAUGGCGAGGAUGGAAACGGAUUGCAACUUCGAAAAAAAAUUGGGCCAACUUUUAAACUUCUGUGUUAUUGAAAAAGUGACCUAAAGCCGAUCAUGCUUUGUGUUCCCUUUGACAAAAUCAUCUGAUAUCUUUCUUUUUAGAGUUGCAUAACAAGUACAAAAAAAGAUGACAGAGAAUACUUAGUUCUAGAAAAUUGUUCUAGAAAAUACGUAACAGUUUCGAUUCCUGCUCUAUGGCUUAUUUGAUUGGAUGAGACAUCUUCAUUUUUUUAGCUUUCUGUUUGGUGUUGUACAUGUAUUUAUAUAACAAUAUCUCGUGCUUCAAAUUCCCAUAAAUAUGGUUGGUCAUUUUGUUUUCUCUUUCAGGUGAUUAGUGAGGGGGGAAGACCCAAAAUUCAAGUUGAACACAAAGGAGAAACUAAAACAUUCUAUGCUGAAGAAGUGAGUUGAAAUAUUUUUCUUGGUGACCAUGUUUUUUUUUAAACUCCAUUUUCACCACAAGAUAACGAAUUGUUGAGAUACUUGAUCCUUUCUUUAGCACAAGUUUUAAAGAGAAGAAUGCUCUUCAUUAUUUCUAAUAGUUAACAUCCCUUUUUUUUCCUAUGACAGAUUUCCUCCAUGGUUUUGACCAAAAUGAAGGAAACAGCAGAGGCGUAUCUGGGUGAUAAGGUCACUGACGCUGUUGUCACUGUGCCGGCUUAUUUCAAUGAUUCACAGAGACAGGCAACCAAAGAUGCUGGUAUGUAAGCUUAUUUUUGAAUCAAAACAGAGCAAUACUGGUCUUGAAAGGGUUAACCAUUAGUUAUCUGGCUACGGUUGUUCAAACGCUGGAUAUUGACAUCCACUGUAUAAAUUACUGUCCAAUGGGUAAAUACUAGGAAAACCAAUUGCCCUAUCCAGGGGAUAGUGUUAUUAUUCACCUUUGAAACAGUUGGGCCCUGUAUUAUAAACCUCAAUAUAACAAAUAUAUGUCAACAUGUGACCGAAAGAUAGCUAUAGAUGAAUGAGAAACAGGCCAACAAAGAUACAUCGUAAUAUUUGCAUACAGUAGUUUCAAGCAGUCUUGUUUGCCUGUUCUUGUGGUUCUAGGGUCAUAGCCAUGUAAAGCUCAGAACUGGGACAAUAGCUUUGUACACAAAAUGUUUAUUACAGAACCUGUUCAUAUCUGGAAAUGCUGGGCUUUGGAAAAGUACAAAAUAUUCCAAUUUCUUUGGUGGUAUUUCUUGAGAAAUUAGUGCUUAAAGGACCCUACUGUUAAAAGAAAAUCGUGUCUAGUAAAAAAUUUUGCUGAUAUUUUUUACUGAAAUUUUUGGUAUCGAUUUUAUUGAUAUAACUAUUAUGCGGGAGAAAUUUCAGAAAAAUCAUUAGAGCAGAAGUCCGUAACUAAUAGUCACUCAAAAAUCAGCUGUGAAAUUGUUUUGGAAUUUCAAAAAUAAAUUAGGCAGGUGGAAGGAGGAACCAGUUUGAAAUUUUCAGACAAAAAUUCAACGUUUGCUAAUUCUUAAAACAAAAGCCAAUUACCUAUCAUGCUAUUCUUUAAAAGGUACUUUUUAGUUUUAGAAGCACUAUAAAAUGGCUCCAAACCUUGUUCUUAUGUCGAAUUACUUAAUCCUCUACAUUUUUAAAAUAUCCCUUGGCAGUUUUGGUUCAAACUCCUGCCACAUACAUUUUGAUGUAUUGCAAUGGAUCCUCAACGGCGUUUCAAAAGAGCUAUAAAAGCGGCUGCAGUGGAAAGCCCUUUGACAGCGAUAAACAGCGCUUUUGCAGCGGUGCAGAAAAUUCCCGAAUCAUGAUCUACGCUGCAAAGAGGCUGCAAAGUGGCUUUGAAAAGACAAAGAAUGUUGUUAUCGGUAAUGGCCUACCACUCGUUAGAACAAAAAAAAGAAAUGCAGGCUCCAAUAAUCAUAAUACAUGGUAGAGGAGCUGACAAGUCCUUAGUAGCAGAGUAAAAGCCACUAGAAAGUCAAAAUGCAACUGAUACUUUAUUAGUAUACACGUGCACACAAAAGCACUUGACAUAUCACAAAUCUGCAACAGUCUCGCUUUGUAAAUAUUUAGCACGGUCACUAAUGUAAAUGUAAGUACAGCCAUUAAGGUGGCUGAACACAGUUUUGGCAGUUUGUGAGCGUAUGUCAUUUGCCAAAUCAUGGCAAGAGAAAGGUUGCAGCUCACAAGCUGAAACUUGGCAAGUGAAAAAUAUACUUAUGAAAGAUUUUGAUGUAAUAUAUCAAACAUGAGAUGCAGUGUUUCAUCACCAGAUGAAACACCGAGAAGAGAGUUGAAAAUACGACGCGCAGUGGAGUAUUUUUGACGAACUUCGAGGUUUUUCAUCUGGUGAUGAAACACUGUGUCGAAUGUUUGGUAUUUCUUCUCAAACAAAAUCAUUUUUGAAGGAGAAAUUAAGGAUGCAAAAAUGAGCAGUUUUUCAUCUGAUAUCCAAACACUCAUUAAACAUUAAUUUCCUUUGAAUUUUCUUUAUGAAUUAUUAAUGAGUUUGAGAAUGACAGGUAAAAUGUGACGUUUUCGUAGUUUCCAUGGCAACAUGAAUGAUUGAAUACGACCUUUAAUUUUCACUUUUGCUCAGUUUACUCAAAAUUCGCUCAUUAGAUUUUCCUAUAAACUUGCACACAGCUUACUAUCAUUACCAUUUGAAACUUAUUUGACCAAAUUUUAACAGACAGGUUUUUAGAUAAUCAAUAAUAUAAUUAUGUACUGUACAUUUUGAAGUAAUUCAUUAUUUAAAAUACGAUAAAAGUAAAAAUCCCGCCAAAUUUCACAACAUUUUAAUGAGUAGAUUUUGAAAAAAUGUCUGCUGUGUACCAUUUGCUUUUUUUGCCGCCAUGUUUUAUGUCUGAUUUUAAACACGUGCCGUCAUGCGAGUUACCACUCAUCGCCCGCAAAACUGUGCUCAGCCACCUUAACAUGUAGACAUUGAAAAUUAUCUUUUUAAAAAAUAAAGAGAUUAACAGCGAUUGUUCUACGUAAAGUUUACAUGGACAGCAGCCAAAUAAUAUUUUGAUUCAUUGCAAUGGGCUAAGUUGGACAUCUCUCACCAGGGUUUUCAACUGUUUUGGACAUACUUCUGAAAGCACCGGACAUGAAUGUUUUCUUGGCGCCGUAAGGCGCGUCGUGAGCGCCAAAGGCGCAAGCACCUGGGGGGGUCUGGGGGCAUGCUCCCCCAGGAAAUUUUUAAAAUAGAAUACUCAGAAACGCCAUUUCCAGCGUUUCUGGAACCAAGGAAACAGUUUCCUAGGCAAUGCUGGCGCUCUUUAAAAAUUCUCUUUAAAAAGUAAAUUACUGAAUGAAAAUGGUCAGUUGGUAGGGGGAGGGGGAGGGAGAAUGGCAACAACAGAAUUUUCAUUGGCUUAUCAUUGUGAAUUUAUUUGAUUUUCAAAAAAGAUGUUUGGUAACAAUUCCGUUUAAAUGAAGAGGGGAAACCAAUAAAAUAUCCCGCCGCUCAAUAAGCAAAGAAAAAAGAGUUAUAUGGCCGUUUUGAAGAAUGUAAUUGAUUAUUCUGUUAUCCUCUAGUCAGUAUGUUCAUGAGAUGCCUUAGUAAGAAAAAUAUAUAAUACAGUAGUAAAAAAAAAAUCGCCAAUAUUGAUCUCAAAGUACCGGACGUGGAAUGGCAAACGACCGGACGAAACGUCCGGCCUCCGGCCUCAAAUGAAAACCCUGUCUCGCCUUGACGUUUUGUCCAUGAUCCACGAUCUUUGACACUUUUUUCAUGAAAGAAAUCAACCCACUUUUACUUUGGUUGUUGUUAAAUUUUACAAUGGACUAAGGAACGUACAUUACCAUGAAUGUAUAAGAAAGGUAAAUGUUAAGUGCGAACCCCAGCUGAGAUUCUUGUAUCUGUGUUGCUUACUCUGGUUCGAUUCAUCGAUACUUAGCGUAGAAGUCACUGUACAGUGCAAUGUUUGCAAAUACCUUUGAGUUGUUCCAUCCAAAAACAUCAACAGAACUUCCAUCUUGAAACAGAACUAGAUACAAAAAAACUUAAAAUAUUUGCGCCUUUCAUCCAAUGGUCCGAAAUGUUUGGGCGAUCCCGUGUUUGUCUAGAGAUGUAAUGGGAUCUCAUGCAAAAGGGCCGAACAAUUAGAUUACGGCCUAGAAUGUCUCCAGGGAAUUAGCGAUAACAUUCCCACACUCGCCGGUCACGGAAUGACAUUUAUCGAGUCUUUGUUCCGAAGGCAUAGAAUUUGGAGGUUUAUUCAAUAAGUGAUCUUCCUUGGUACAGUAAAAGUUUUCGCGUUUUAAAAGCUGUAAUCUGUGCUAAGGCUUUAUCUGGCGAUUCAUGUUAUCCGCGCUCAAGAAAGUCGGAUUGACCGCAGCUGAAUUGUAGCGUUACUGCAGCUACUUCACAGCAUUUGGAAGUCAGCAACUGCGCUGCAAAACUGCUGCCGAGAGCUUCAAAGAGCCUUCAAAGGCUGCACAGCGCUUUUGCAUCCCGCUGCAACUUGAAUGAAGCUGCUGCAUGGCUUCUAAAAUGCUGCUGAACAGCUGUAAUUUCGCUGUACAGCUAUUUUGAAGCAAUUUUGUGGUGCUGUACAGCGCUGCAAGUUUCGUACGGGAUGAUGCCCAUGUCUGGGAACUGAUCUGUACAUACAUGUACUGUAGAUCAAAACAUAAUAAGAAAAAAACUACCCAUUCAUUGAAGGAAGGAGUGACAAAAAUUUUGUAAAUUUAUUCAUUGGCAGUAUUUUUUGCAGUAAUUUUAUUUUGCACCGUAAUGGCAUUCGGUUCACAGGCAUGGGCAUCAUUGUCGUUCGUCCCCCCUGGGUGAGGUGUGAAUUCUUUGCAGAACUGCUCCUCGGGCUUAUUUUGUAGUCAAAAACAGAGGUGCUGAACAAUUCUAUCUGAGCUCUGAUAUAAGGUAGCAUCCAAUCUCAAUAUCUUUUUCCUGAGUUGGAAGCAACGAACAGCAGUAAAAGUUGUUGAAAAUGCAUUGCAAUACAUCAGUGCAUGCAGCAGGCAUUUGAGCCAAAACUGCCAAGGGAUAUUUCAAAAAUGUCGAGGAACAAGUCAUUCUACUGUAUGGCAAGGUUUGGAGCUAUUUAUAGUGGUUCUAAAACUAAAGAGUACCUUUUAAAGAAUAGCAUGAUAGGCAAUGGGCUUUUGUUUUAUGAAUUAGCAAACAUUGAAUUUACUUGUCUCGAAACUUCAAACUGGUAUCUCCUUCUACCUGAUAGUAAUUUAUUUUUGAAAUUCCAAAACAAUUUCACAGCUGAAUUUUGAGCGACUUUUAGUUAUGGACUUCUGCUCCAAUGAUUUUUCUGAAAUUCCUCUGGCAUAUUUAUUAUGUCAAUUGACCACUCCAGAAAAUACCAUAACAUACCAUAAUGCUCUUUGUUUGUCAUCCCAAAAUUUUGCAUAAGCAUUGUCUUCAGUUUCUCUCGGGAAACAAUGCUUAAAUGCAAAAUUGUGGGGUGACAAACAAACAGCAUUAUGGUAUGUUAUGGUAUUUCUGGAGUUGUCAAUUAAAGCCGAUACUAGAAAAUAUCAGUAAUUUUUUUACUAGAUGCGAUUUUCUUUGAACAGUAGGGUCCUUUGAAGCGCUAAUUUAGCAAAAUAUAUUUACCAUCAAUGAAAUCGGAAUAUUUUGUACUAUUGCCAAAUGAUAUUUGUUGUUCUUUUCAAAGUUUCCCAGCCCUCGUGUUAAAAACGAAAAAGUUAUGACAAAAACUUGGUCACAGCUGAAUGCGCCUGUAUUAGUGACGGAGUCAGCUUAUGAUACAGUAUAAUAUCUGGGCUGCCUCUGCUACUGUCAAGUGUCUUGACCUGAUAGAAAAUACCGGUGUUGUGAUGACAAUCAGUUCUCCUGCCAAACAGUAUUUUGUUACUAAAUGAACAUAGAAUCAAAAGAACCAACUUGUUGUUGUUUAGUUCCCUGCCUGCAAAUUGUUUAUACUGUCGUCAGUAACUUGAAAUGUUCGUGACUGCCCUGCAUUCUAUCAAAAGUGUUGUAUUUUUCUUGAAGCAUGAUAGGAUUCUGUGACUGACAUAAUGCUGUCUUUUUUUCAGGAAUAAUUGCUGGUCUCAAUGUUCUACGUAUAAUUAAUGAACCCACAGCUGCAGCCAUUGCUUAUGGACUGGACAAGAAAACUGGUGGUGAGAGGAAUGUGCUUAUUUUUGAUCUGGGUGGUGGUACCUUUGAUGUUUCUGUUCUCACCAUCGAGGAUGGCAUCUUUGAGGUUAAGGCAACUCGAGGAGAUACCCAUCUUGGAGGUGAAGAUUUCGACAAUCGCCUGGUUGACUUCUUGGUGAAGGAAUUUAAGAAGAAAAACAAGAAAGAUAUCUCUGGCAAUAAGCGGGCAAUGCGUCGUCUGCGAACAGCCUGUGAAAGGGCCAAGAGGACCCUGUCUUCAAGUCAUCAAGCGAGUAUUGAGAUCGACUCACUUUUUGAGGGCAUUGACUUUUAUGUGACAGUAAGCCGUCCGAAAUUUGAGGAACUAAACGCUGACUUGUUCCGUAGUACUAUGAACCCAGUAGGGGAGGCACUGAAGGAUGGAAAGUUCCAAAAGAAUCAAAUCCAUGAAGUUGUCCUUGUUGGAGGGUCGACUCGCAUUCCAAAAAUCCAAGAGCUCUUGACUGAUUUCUUUGAUAAGAAGGAACUAAACAAGAGCAUCAACCCUGAUGAGGCUGUAGCUUAUGGUGCGGCCGUACAGGCAGCUAUCCUGAAAGGAGACAAACAUGAAGCUGUGUCGGACCUCCUUCUCUUGGAUGUGGCUCCCUUGUCCCUUGGAAUCGAGACAGCUGGUGGUGUUAUGACACCACUUAUCACACGCAACACUACGAUUCCAACAAAGAAGAGUCAAACUUUCACCACAUACUCUGACAACCAACCCGCUGUGUUGAUCCAGGUUUAUGAAGGUGAGCGAGGCAUGACAAAGGACAAUCAUCAUCUUGGAAAGUUUGAGCUGACUGGCAUCCCUCCGGCUCCACGUGGUGUACCACAGAUUGACGUCACAUUUGAUGUUGAUGCCAAUGGAAUCAUGAAUGUUUCUGCCAAGGAUAAAAGCACUGGAAAAGAGAACAAGAUCGUCAUCACAAAUGACAAAGGUCGGUUGUCCAAAGAAGAAAUUGAACGCAUGGUCAGCGAUGCAGAGAAGUUUAAGGCAGAUGAUGACAAGGUGAGGGAAAAGGUUCAAGCUAAAAACAGCCUGGAGAGCUAUGCCUACAGUAUGAAGAGCACAAUUGAGGAUGACAAAGUGAAAGACAAGAUCAGUGAAGAAGACAAGACAGCCAUUGCAGACAAAUGCAAAGAAGUGAUUGAAUGGCUGGACCAAAAUCCAUCUGGUGAAAAAGAAGAUUAUGAAGCUAAACAGAAGGAGCUAGAGAAGGUUUGCAACCCUAUUAUCACCAAGCUUUACCAGGGUGCUGGUGGUGCUGGUGGAAUGCCAGGUGGAGCGCCUGGUGGUAUGCCUACUGGAGGGUUUCCAGGUGGAGCUCAGCCUGGUAGUGCAGGCCAAGAAUCUUCUGGUCCCACCAUUGAAGAAGUUGAUUAA